CCCUCUUCGUUGACAUUGAAAGUUACCGCUAUGCAGAGCAUACGGCAUUUCGUUAUCUCGUCGCUUCCACGAGCAGUAACGGGCCGGUACUUGUCAACGACAGCAACGUUAAAUAUGCCAAUCAAGGAAGGAGACAAACUCCCAGCAGUUGACCUUUAUGAAGGUGACCCUGGCACCAAGGUGAACACAAAGGACUUGUUUGGUAAAGGAAAGAGUGUCAUCUUCGCUGUUCCUGGAGCGUUCACACCAACAUGUUCAGAGAAACAUGCUCCUGGCUUUAUCCAGAAUAUCUCCCAGCUGAGGGACAAGGGAGUGACAACAGUGGCGUGCAUAGGUGUCAACGACCCCUUCGUCAUGGGCGCCUGGGGCAAGGCACUGGGAGCAGAUGACAAGGUGCGAAUGUUGGCAGACACAGGCGCUACCUUCACUAAGAAAAUUGAGAUGGAUGUUGACUUGACGGCAGUCUUAGGGGGAGUAAGGUCCAAGAGGUAUGCGAUGGUUGUGCAGGAUGGCGUUGUGAAGGCCAUCAAGGCCGAGCCGGACAACAUUGGUCUUGCCUGCAGUGCUGCUAUUGAGGUGAUGAAGCUGUUGUAGGAAGCACUGCUAUUGAGGUGAUGAAGCUGUUGUAGGAAGCACUGCUACUGAGGUGACGAGGCUCUUGUAGGAAGCACUGCUACUGAGGUGACGAGGCUCUUGUAGGAAGCACUCGUGUGGUGACAGUGAGACCAGGCUUUUUUCAUCAUUUGGUUUAAGGAUUCCAAGACCUUAAGAAAUGGAAAGUGGAGAAAACAUCAAGUCUCCAAAGUACUUUUUUAGUUUUCUGACAAAUGCAAAUUUGACUUACCGGUAUUUAACAGAAGUGAAGUUGUAUUUAUGACAGAGAUGUUUUGUUUCAUAAAAAUAAAAGGUACAGAAUUUAGAAGUAAUUUUAUUCAUCUGGAUAAUAAGGCAGUCUGUUUUUACCUCCAGAUGUUGGAAGGAUACAUUUAUCCUUACUGUUACCUGUCCUUCAGAUAAUUUUUUGUUUAAUUAAUUUAUCAGUGCUCCCUGCACAACUCCCUAGCUGUCGUCUCUACGUUCCAUCCAGCUUACUUUAUUUAAACACAUUUGUGUCUGGUUUUAAUUUACUGGGAUUUUGUUACAGCCAUUUUACAGGUUGUGAAUUUCAAGUCGACAUUUCCUUGGUUUGACUUUUAUACUCAAGAUCUUCAUAUACCUUUAUCGCACAAAGGAUCUGGAAGUAUGUAUCUGGGAAAAAAUGUGUGUCUCUCAGUCAGAAUAAACAAACAUGUUGAUAUUUUGUUAGAGUGUACAUAACUCUUCAUGUCACGGAUAUCAAUUGGACAGCCUGCCAUAUCUAAUCAGUUUCCAAUGGGAACAUGAUGUUACAAUGUUGGACAUGACUUUUCAAUGUUUCUUGAAAAACCCUUAUGGAGUGAUUCAUGUUUUAUGCACAAUUUUUAUCAGCAUCUAUAAAGAUCUUAAAGCUGACAAUUCCAAAUCCAAAUUUUAGAUGUUUUUUUUGUGGAUACUUGCCGGUCUGAUCACACAUCUUCUGAUCACAUUUCCAAAUGUCUAGUUGUUUGUUUGAAAUUUCCAGGGUGAUAGUCUUACAAGAUUGUAAUAUUAAAAUUAUUAAUGUAGAAAA